GUGGAGGCAGUCAGGUUUCACCGUGCGUUCGAGGAGGCGCAGGUGAAGUCCCUCCAGCCGGGCCCUUGUUGGCUUUGGGGACUUCAAAUAUGAGACCCUGCAGAGCCUGUACGAGUCGAAGGACCCCAAACAGAUCCGAGUUGUCGACUACCUGAAGAGGACGGCGCCGGCUCCUGGCACGCAGAUGGAGAACGCUGUCCGCUACGUCCGGGGCAGGGACAGAGCGCGAGGACUGCUGCUGCAUCGUCCACCACCACUGCCAGCAGCACAGCCUCUGUCUCGGCCGCCAGCCAGAGAUCCAGAAGCUCCUCUCAGCCUCUGAGUUCUAAGCUGGCGGCCUUUGUCUCCGGGAAGCGUUCUCUGUCUGCGGUGGAAAUGCAGGCCAAAGUGCAUAAGAUGGUGGCCCCUAAGCCUGCAUUUCCAGGCAAGUUCAGCCUUUACAAAUACAGACUGGAACUUUAUUCUUUUUCUUGUGUUUGCUGUAUAAUUUGCUGUUCUCUCUUAUUGUGUGAUUGCAGCCUCCUCCUUCGCACCCUUCAGACCAGCUCUCCCCUCAACACCAUCUGAGGAGCCCUCAGAUAAAGAGCUGGUCCAAGCGGUAGUCGACAUGGAGCAGUGUGAGUGAAAAAAAACAUACGUGUAGCAAAUUGUUACAAACACAAGGCUUUAAUUCAUUGUUGACUGUUCAAUGACUGUUCUUUUACUUAUUUCUGUAAUCAGAGGACGAGAGGAAGCAAGGUAAGUUUGAGUUAAAUUUAAAAAAACAACAAAUAUCUGGUCAAAUCACUAGUAACACUGGUGCUUCUGCACAGUUACAUUUCACUGCUAACACUGGUGCUUAUGAACAAUUACAUUUUUUCAAUCGUCAUCUUUCCCCUUGUAACCUGCAUAACCUCUCCACCUGCAGCCUGCAUCAAAGACCUGUAAUCUGCUGUGUCAUCAUCCAAACCUUCUGUGCUCCUGUAGUUUUUAGCUUAGCUGAUCAUUUAAUCAUCCAAUACUAACACAAACAAUGUCAUUCUUUAAAGGUGCUAAAACAUUUGAUUUCUCUCAGCCUUCGAUGUACAGGCCCCUCUCUUGCUCCCAGAGCAUCCACCUCCACCCACCUCCUCCCGGCCACCACCAGCAGCAGCAGCCUCCAGCCCGCCACCACCACCAGCAGCAGCAGGAGAUGCUGCAGCCCAGCCGCCGCCUGAGGAAGGACAGCAGGAGGACUCGGAGCCAGCCUUCCUCCCUCCCCUUCCACCUGCUGGCAGUGCAGAGGUGAGGCUUUCAUACAUUUAAGGCCUCAGAUUACACGCCCUCCCUUGCACAUGAAGUAAUUUCAGUUCCUCAGAUAAUGGAAUAUUUUCCUGUUGUUGUCUUUCCAGCUGCUGCCUCAGUCCUGGCGGGCAGCUCUGACUGCAGAGCAGCAGGAGUGGAUCGGCCGGGUGCUGUUUUCCAGGGGCAGCCGGGGGAGGUCCCAGCUGAACCAAGAGCUCAAUCUCUGGUGGUACCCCCCCCCCCCCAAGCCCGGCCAGUCUACAACCAGCCUCCCACGUCCCCCGACCCCUUCUUUGCAUUUGCGUUUGUCUGGAUGCCACACCGCAUGUGGCAUCUGCAGCUGACAUGCCCCCAGCCUUUGUGCACCGGGUCCAUGACAAAGGCUGGGCUGUACAGGACCAUCCGGAGGGUCCUAGACAUUGACGGCUGGUAUCUCAUGGCCACCGAGUACCUGAGCUGCCGUCAAUGUAAGAAGAAGGUCGGAGGAUGGUCACAGGGCAUUGUUAGGCAGCUGUCCCCCACCUACAGCUGCCAAUUCCCAGCUAUACUGACGUAUAGGCUGUCCUGUGACCUGAGGGUGGUUGCCCAGCUGAGGUCCCGCACUUUGGGAAACAGUGCUGCUCGGCUGUACAACACCCUCCGGGAGGCACAUUCAGAAGCCUGGAUGCGGAGAGCGAUCCAUUACCUCGGCGUGUGCGAGCAGUUCCUGGCCUUGUGCAUGGUGAGGAGGCAAUUUCCACCACCACCGGAGAUGCCCCCUGUCCCUUCACCCAUCUGGCUGCUGACCAUCUACAGCUACGACAUUCUCAUGCGGCUGGAUGAGUACAAGGCCAGGAUCAUGUCCACCUUCGGAUCCAUCUUAAAGAUGGAUUCCACCAAGAAGGUGACGAAUAAGCUCGCUGGUACCGCCACAGACACGGCCGCCUGGGCCACCAACAUCGGCAACGAACAUGGGCAGGUCCUCAUCAGCUCCGAGGGCUCUGACGGCCUGUCCAUGAUGGCGGCCGGGUUAAUAAGGCGGUACCGACUCGCCGGGGUACCCCCCCCCCCAGCUCCUAUAUGUCGAUCGGGACUGCUGCAACAGAGACGGCUUGUCCAAGACAGCUGCCUUGUUUUCGGUGUGAAAUGUUUUUGUAAUUCUACUGUUGUGAGCCUUAGCAUUAUUCUCUCAAGUUAUAAAACCAAAAAAAUAUGUAAAAACAAGUGAAUGAAAUAAUCA